AUCCAUGGGUCGCACGAGUCCAGCUUAGUCCAGUCUGAGCUCUCCCUGAUCUACAGCAGCAGUCUGCACAGAGCUGCUGACCGGGGAGAAGGGAGGAGAUGCCUGGCCGGACCGAUGCAUACAUACCUGAAACAGGAGCCAUCUUCACAUUUGGGAAGAGCAGCUUUGCUGACGAUGUCCCCAGUCAGUUCUGGUUGAAAAAUGACCGCCUGGUGGAGAUAUGCUGUGGCAAAGAGCACAGUGCUGUGAUUACAGAAAAUGGGAGGUUGCUCAUGUUUGGUGGUAAUACUGGUGGCCAACUGGGACUGAAGAUAAAACCAGAUGCCAAUAAACCAACCUCUGUGAAAGCCUUGAAGCCUGAAAAGGUGAAGCUUGUGGCCUGUGGAAGAAAUCACACACUUGUCUGCACACUUCAACACUGUGUCUGUGGGGCUGGCAGGAACCAGAAGGGACAGCUCGGCUUGGGCCACAAGAAGAACACGAAAUCCUUUCAGCUGCUCCGUCCUUUUUGUGAAUCGGCAGCGGUCAAAAUGCUCGCUGCUGGCAGCGGCACUUCAGCUGCCUUAACAGAGGAAGGGAGGCUGUUCAUGUGGGGAGACAACUCCGUGGGUCAAAUCGGCUUAGGGGACAAGGCGUUUGCAGCCGAACCUAGAGAGCUGAAUGUGGGGCAGGCGGUGAUGUGGGUGUCCUGUGGGCAUCGCCACUCAGCGUUUGUGACAGUGCACGGCGGACUUUACACCUUUGGUGAAAGCGCAAAUGGACGACUCGGGCUCCAGGUGGGGCAGCUGGCUAAUCACAGAGUCCCCCAGCAAGUGCAAGGCAUUAUGGGAAGUGUCAUUCAGGUGUGCUGUGGAGGGGAGCACACUGUGGCACUAACAGAGGAGGACGUGUACACGUUUGGCAGGGGCCAGUACGGUCAGCUGGGCCACGGGACGUUUGAGUUCGAACUUCAUUUGCCAAAACCGCUGGAGCGCUUCCACAACAGCAGCGCCAGACGCGUCGCCUGCGGAGAAAGCCACACUGCUGUGAUUACAAAUGCUGGACUGCUCUACACGUUUGGUGAUGGCCGUUUUGGAAAACUGGGGUUGCAGCAGGAGAACUUCAUCAACCAGUUCAGCCCAACGCUGUGCACCCGUUUCCUGAAGUACAGCGUGCAGUCGGUGUCCUGCGGUGGUCACCACACUCUGGUUCUGGCUGUCCCCAGACCGGCAGCACAGAGUCAGGGUGGAGAGUCACAGAAGGGUGCUGCAAUUACAGACUUCUUCUGGGAGUCAGACGACCCUGAAAACGUCUUCAAAGACUCUCCGACGGACCCAGCUCCAGUCGUCCCGCUCUCAGCGCUGGCCGCUCGGGCUCGCCACAGAAAAAAAAAGAGCUUCGUGGAGCUGUUUGGAGAGUUGCCUCAGACCCAACCUCGUCCUAAUUCUGGCUUCCUCAGCACCUCCUGGCAGACAUCCAGAAAUAUCCCAAACCUGAAGCGGCUUCCAACGGACGCUCCCACCCCCACCUCCUCCUCCCCCAAAGCGGCGCCAGCAAGCCCGCUUUUAUCCCCCAGAUCUCAGUCCGUAUCCUCCAAGCCGCCAAGCCCACGUUCACAAUCAUCUCUCUCAUCUCGGAGUAAAGCCUCCACUGCCGUCUCCUCCAGGUCCAAAUCCAAAAGGCUGCCCUCUUCUGUAUCUUCAUCCACGUCUAGAGCUAAUCACAACUCAGGGAGUCCUGCCUGUUCUGAAGAGGCUGUGAGGAGCGCAGCACGCAGAGCCUUAAAUGAUGAUGAUGAUGAUGCUUUCUCUCCCAACAAACCCUGCAGCCCUAACAGACCCCUCAUCCGUGUUUCUGAUAAUAACCUGGACCAGAAGGGACCACAAACAGAGGGAGAAGCUCGAAGGAGACGGCUAAUCUCCCAAGAUGUGGAAGACGAGAGAAACCAUGUGGAUUUUUUGCCAUAUAUGGAAACCAGAACCGGGAGAGUUCAACUUGCCAAAGAGCUCGAGGCUCACGGAGACCAGAAGAGUGGCCGAAGCUCGCCCAAAGGCCUCAAAGCAGAGCUUCUGACAGGCGCCGGAAAGGAAGAGGAGUUGUCACUGAAAAGCAGGAAGAAAAAAGCACGAGUCACAUCUCAAAACCGUCAGGACAUUAACAGCAGCAAAACGAAACCUCCAGAAGUAAAAGACGGUCAAAGCAAGCUCUAUAAGAUAAAAUCGACAAACCGUGACAGGAAAAGUGCAACAACACAACAACCUGCGCCGAUAACGAUGACCAAAGUAAGUGAAAAAGGUGAAAAAGAUCAAGUGGCGGAGCACUCUUUUAAGAAAGAACUAAAAGUGACUCCAAAAAGAAGGAACAUAUCGUCUUCUUCAGACAAGAUCAGCUCGACUCUAAAGGUUACAGAUAAUAAGGAAAUAACCACUGAAAACAUCUCAAAGGAUGAUGCUGUGAUCCAGAAUAAAAUCACUGAUCUAAAAUCCGCCGAAGUGAAGAAGCAGCAGGACAAUAACCGACUCAAGUCCACUCCGACAAAGAAAAAGGUCGAACGCACAUCGAGAAAUAUUCAAAACACAGCGGUGCCUUCAAAAUUACAAAAACUUGAAGCUGCAGAAAUUACUAAGCCUCCUCAGGCUGAGGGUUUAAGUGUGAAAUCAACACCUGUGAAGGUGAUUAAACCCAAACCAGACAAAAGUCAAAGCAAGCUCACAGAAAAACCUCCUGCUGAACGUAAAAGCAUCAAAAAAGGUGACAAGGAUGGGUUAAUAUACACAAAACGCACGACGGGUGAAACUGAAGGCAGAAGAUCAGAAAAACAGAAUUUACUCCAAGAGAAGAAGAAAAAGAAGGAAGAAGAACCUAAAGUGAAACAGAGAAAAAGAGGGAAAGAAGACGGUGCUGAUGUUGGCUCGGAACGUAACGGCAAAGCCAAACCCGGGAUUAAAGCCACCGAGGCUCCCAGCCAGAUCUCUUCACAUCACGAAGACGCUUCUGAAGUCUCGAGCAGCGCCGUUUCCUCACAAAGCCCCACGAGAACCAGGGCUCUUUCCGUCAGCAGAGCUAAAUCCUUGCCGUCCUCCGGCCGUCCUGCCGCAGAAACACUUCCACCUGAAACGCAAAGGCAAGAGAACGAAGACCUGCCGGAGGGAAAACAGACGUGGGGAGAGAUUUUGAGCGAUGCGGCGUUUCUUCUGCCCGCUGCGGGGGUCACAGGCGCAGCUGUUGGCCUCCUGAGCGAGGCCGUGACUCGUGUGGAGGCUUUCCGGGCCGACAGCGACAGAGAUGCCUCUCCGGAACCUGAAACACCGAAAGUCAAACAGAGCGCAACUAUGCGCCCGUCCUUCUCUGCGACGUUGCAUUCGGAUUCAGAGGACAGGGACGACAGCACGCAGAAGGACGCUCAAAUGAGCAUCUUAUCGGAUUUAGGAAACGAAGCACAUGAGGAGGAAUUCGAGGAUCCAUCAGAGCAGGAACCGGCUGAGCAGACCAGGAAGGAGGAAACUUUUGAAAAUAAAGAAGGAGACGAGGGAAGCUCUGAAGAGGAAGAUUAUUCCAGGUUGACUGAAACAAACACCGGUGAUGAAGAGCACGAUGAAGCGCUGGGAAGUGACGUGGAAAGCAAAAACGAGGACGAGGAAGGAGAAACCAGCGAGGCUGCAGGGGAGAAUGAACCUGGAGACGACGACGACGAAAACGACGAGCGAGAUAGUGAGUCAGGAGGAGAGGAGAGCGAGGGGAAAACAAGCUCCAGCGUUCAGGAGGAAGGUGAAGAAAGUAACAACAGUGACACAAAGGAUGCCGAGAGUGAGGAAGAAGAGAGCGGCAUGGAAACGGGUGAAGGAGUGAGUCACUCUGAGGCGAGUGAGGCAGCCGAGGAGGACGAAGGUGGAAGUGAAGAGCAAAGUGACGAUGAGAGCAAAGGAGAGGAAGACUGUGAGGUGAGUGAGGAUGAAGAAGAUAAAAGCGGUGAAGGAUCCGAGAGAGAGCAUAGUGAGAGUGAAGAGGAGGAGGAGGAGGAAGAGGAGGGCGGGGAGGGAAGUGACACGGCCGUGUCUGAGGAAGAAGAAAGCGAGGAACUGAGGCAGUCUGAUGAAGAGCAGGGAACUGAGAAAGAGGAGAGUGAAGGAGAGGGGGAAGAAGACAGUGAGGAAGAGGAGGAGGAAGGAGAGCUUUCUUCAAGUGAUGAAGAAGCUGAACAGGAGGCUACAGAGGAUGAGGAGGAAGGAGAGCUUUCUUCAAGGAAACGGAGAGAAGCUCCCAGACCCGCUCCAAGGAGCAAACAGAGAGACGCAGAGGAGAAGAAACCAGAAGAAUCCAAGCAGUUCUGGACCGACGUUCUGCCUCAGUACCUGGACCUGCAGUGA